AGCAGUUUCAUGCUGAGGACCAGGCACCUGCCCUCAUCUGGACUUUACCUCUUUUGGACUUUUGCAAAACCUCAUCCCGUUUCAUUUAUUUCACCUGGAGGGCAGUGCAAAUGGAGAUCUGUUUGAUGGUUUAUCAUUUCUGAAGAGGAAAAGCCCCAUUUGCACGCACAAUUUAAAGUGGCAUACAUUUAGAGGGAUUUUAUCACACACCUUGCACGAUGACUGCGAUGGGAAUUCGGUGCGUUUUAUGCCUCAUGACAUUCGCUCUUACUUCGGCCGCUCCGAAAUCAUACCAGCGACUUUUGGAGAACACGAAUGAACAAAACGACACUUUGCAAGUUGAAAGAGAUAAUCAAGAAAAUAUAUUAAGUCAGCUGCUGGGUGAUUAUGACAAAGUGAAAGCGCUUUCGGAAGGCUCUGACUGUGGCUGUAAAUGUGUUGUCAGACCUCUGAGCGCGAGCGCGUGUCAGCGGAUUCGGGAUGGUCACGCGACGCCUCAGGAUUUCUAUACGGUGGAGACCAUCACGUCAGGACCCCACUGCAAAUGUGCAUGCAUUGCACCUCCGUCGGCUUUGAACCCCUGUGAGGGUGACUUCCGGUUGAAGAAGCUGCAAGAAGCUGGGAAAGAUAAUAUCAAGCUGUCAACUGUACUGGAAUUGCUGGAGGGCUCCUUCUAUGGUAUGGAUCUAUUGAAAUUGCACUCAGUCACCACAAAGCUUCUUGACCGCAUGGACACUAUUGAAAAAAUGGUGCUAAACAACCAGACCGAGGAGCAGUCGAACACAAAGAGCACCUCUCCAAAUCCACAGCCGCCCACAUCUUCACCUACAACUCUGCCUCCACAACUGCAGGAGAAGAGGACCGGUCUGAGAGAGCAGAAUGACGAGGCAGCUGCUUUUCAGCACAUAGAGAGUAAAUAUGAGGAAAAGUUUGUGGGAGACCUUCUGAAGAGCAGCGGAUCAGACCUAAACAAGGCCGUCGCAGCUUUGCAAGAACAAGAGCGCCAAGGGAGGGAGAAGCAACCAAAAAUAAUUAUUAGGGGAAUCACAUACUAUAAAUCUGACCCAGUGGAUGAACCAGACACAGAGGAGAACUUAGAUGAAAAUCACAGCGGUGACAGCCCAAUUGAUCUGUUUGCCGACGAGCAGCUCCUUCAUCACAAAACUCGCCACUUUAGGCCGCUCAUCAAGGCGUGGUCUCUCCAACCAAAACCCAAGAGUGAAGUUUCAAAUGUGGGAACUGCACAAAAUGGCCUUCAAACUCCAUUUGCUGGACUGUUGGACUCUGCCUUGCUGAUUAAAAUGCCUACUGAACCGAUAUCCGUUCGGACUCAAACCAGUCGCUCCACCACAGACAGCGCGACAGGAGAUGAGAGGACCACACCGACACCUGCUGUGAUGGAUCACUUGAAGGUCACCGCCCCCAAGGAACGUACAAACCCUCAAACCAUCGUCAAAAAAAUGGAGGCAAGCAACGUGGAGCCCUCAAGUCCAUCUGUGAGACAAGCUCAAAACAUGCUGGUCAGGUCAUCCAAUCUGGGCCACAUAAAAACAAAUGAGUCAGUCACAGCAGCUGCUGCUAAAGUAGUGGCUCCAGAGCCAACCCUGAUAGAGAUUACCACCAAUGGGACCGAUGAAAAGGAAACAUCUGUAUCUUCUGCGACCCAAAGUGGAAUUGUUACUAAGGAAAAUCUCAAAGAAAAUGCUUUUUACACUGGUAAACCAAUGGAGAGAUUAACUCAAAGCACAUUUAAGAAAAUAACACCAUUACCAACUCCUCAUUCGGACACUUUAACAGUCACUGAAAGCUCAUUAGGAUCGAUUGCUCAUACAAGAGCUGACAUUGUGGCGUCACCUCAUGGCAGUGGAAGCAAGACAAACUCAGUUACCCACUUACCCAAGAUGAGUCCCAAACAGACAUUAACCUCAGUGCCGUCUUUAAUGACUACUACAAAAACUACCACCACAACAACCACCAGCACAACCACAAGCAAACCUGGCAAACGUAAAUAUAGCAUAAGCUGGGAUGAAGAGGAAGAGGUAGUGGUAGAGAGGGAAAUGAAAGACAGGAAAGCUGUACAAACUGUGGUUGAAGAGAGCGUGGGAGAUGAACCUCAAAAGAAGUCAGGAAUGUGUAAGGACACCUUGGCCACAAUCUCAGAGCCCGUCACACACAAUACAUACGGUCGUAAUGAGGGCGCUUGGAUGAAAGAUCCACUGGCAAAGGAUGACAAAAUCUACAUCACAAACUAUUAUUAUGGCAACAACCUACUGGAAUUCCGCAACAUGGAUGUUUUCAAACACGGCCGCUUCACGAAUUCCUACAAGCUGCCUUAUAACUGGAUCGGCACCGGCCACGUGGUCUACAACGGUGCUUUCUAUUACAACCGCGCAUUCUCUCGAGACAUUAUUAAGUACGACCUGCGGUUGCGUUACGUGGCUGCCUGGACCAUGCUGCACGAUGCUGUGUUUGACGACGACGACGUGUCCACGUGGAGAUGGAGAGGAAACUCAGACAUGGAUCUGGCGGUCGAUGAAAGCGGACUUUGGGUGAUCUACCCGGCGCUGGACGACGAGGGCUUCUUGCAGGAAAUGAUCGUCUUGAGCCGCCUGAACCCCAUUGAUUUAAGCAUGAAGCGUGAAACCACAUGGAGGACUGGGCUGCGACGCAAUCGCUACGGUAAUUGCUUUAUCGUAUGCGGCGUUCUUUACGCGACGGAUAGCUACAAUCAGCAAGACGCCAAACUGUCCUACGCCUUUGACACCCACACCAACACUCAGGUGAUCCCUCACCUGCCUUUUAGCAACAACUAUACUUACAUCACCCAGAUCGAUUACAACCCCAAAGAGAGGGUGUUGUACGCCUGGGAUAACGGACAUCAGGUCACUUAUAAUAUUCAGUUUGCAUAUGUAGACCCACUGUAGAAAUAGGUAAUUUGCACAAAAUAGAAGAAACCGUAAAUGUGUUCAAGUGGAUUGUGGAUCAGUUCACGUAGCUUUUCUUUACUUCAUGUAGUUUAAUAUACUUAUUAAUAUGCUGUUUUCAAGUGUAAAAACGGACAUGUUGUUACAUUUAUGGUGAUAACAAAGAAAAGCAACUUUCUUAAAGGGAUACUUCACCCAAAAAUGAAAAUUGUGUCAUGCGUCGUAGUACUCUAAUGAACAUGUCGAAAGUUGACAAGGAAGAGAAGUGAAUUGUUAAAGUCGUUAUUUUUAGUUUCUUUGUGCACAAAAAGUAUUCUCAUAGCUUCCUAAAAUUACGAUUGAACCACCGAUGUCACGUGGACAAUUUUAAUGAUAUCCUUACUAAUUUUCUGCACCUUGAACAUCGUAGUACUAUUGCUGUCUAUGCAGGGUCAGAAAGCUCUCAAGAUUUAUUCAGAAAUAUCUUAAUUCGUGUUCUGAAGAUGAACGAAGGUCUUACGGGUUUAGAACGACAUGAGUUUGAGCAAUUAAUGACAGAAUUUUCAUUUUUGGGUGAACUAUCCCUUUAACUGAAUUUCCUAACACCCAAACGCUGCAGCUAUAUGAGCUUUGCAGUUUGCAUCGAUGGCCAUUUCUUUAGGUAUUGUCGCUUGCUUUUGCACUAUGAAAACAAACCUCUUCGUGUUUAUAGCUAUAACUAUGGAAGUCCGUUUCCGACACUGAAUAAAAAAAUAAAAGGUAAUUGCGAAUUUUUCAUCUCACAGUUCUGAUAUAAACUCACAAUUGUCUGUUAUAAAAUCAGAAUUGCAAGAUUAAAACUCACAAUUUUGAUUUUUUUUCUUGCGGGUUUUUGCUAACUUUUUCCGCCCCUCGCAUUUUUUUUCCUCAAAAUUGUGAGAUUCGCAGUUGAUAAACUUACAAUUGCAGCAUAAAGUCCUAUUUUGAGGGGGAAAAAUACUUUUAUGUUCUCAGAAUUGCAAGUUUAUAUAUCACAAUUCUGACUCAAAUUGCAAUUGCAUGUUAUAAAGUCAGAAAUGUGAGAUAUAAACUCACAAUUCUGAGAAGUCGUCACAAUUGCCAGACAUAAUCUUGCAAUUCUGAGACAAGAAAGUCACAAUUGUGUUAUAAACUCAGAAUUCAGAGAAAAAAAGUCACAAUUGCAAGAUGUUAACCUACAAUUCUAAAUAAAAAAAAAACAACUGUGAGAUAUAAACUCAGAAUUAAGAGAAAAAAGUCUCAGUUGUGAGACACAAGCUCACAAUUCUAAGAAAAAAGUCACAAUUGCGAGAUAUUAACUCACAAUUCUAAAAAAAAAGUCACAAUUGCAUGAUAUCAACUUACAAUUCAGAGAAAAUUGUCUGAUUUGUUUGUCGGACAGAAUGGCAGAUUCGGCAUUAUGAUUGGUGGCCUGUCAAUCAAGCUGUUUGCGAAUGGUCAAUUUCGAGAUAUAAACUCACAAUUGUGAGAAAACGUCACAAUUGCCAGACAUAAUCUUGCAAUUCUAAGACAAAAAAAAGUCACAAUUGUGAGUUAUAAACACAAUUUUGAGAAAAAAAAAAAUAAAUCACAA